GAUGGCGUCUUAUAUGUCAUGAAGACCACACAGACGAAUGCUUUCGAAUUAUAAUAUUACGGGAAAUGCCAUCUAAUACGGAAACCAACUAAACCAGAUUUACACAAUAGAAAUUAGAAGAACAAUAGCCACGUUCGUCUAAUCAGUUUUCUUCAUUUUGAUCGUUUUUGUGGAUUUUUGACAAUUUUUAAAUUAAAUACCUAAAUUAUUAAUAUGGGUAUUUCAUACCAUUAAGUUAUAUUAAAAACCGUUUUGAUGUUAUAAAAAUAUUUGAUUUUAAGAGCACGCUGAAAGACGUGGAGCUGGGUAAGGAGAGAGGGUCACAGAACACACUGAAUGGCACGAAACACACUGUAUUGCGCCUUGAUAACUAGAUAAUUGUUAUCUAGCCAGUCAUUUGGCAACCACUAAAAGUCCUGGCAGCUGUAGUCGGCUAUUUAAACAUUGAAAGCCGACGAAGGUUUUCUUUUUUUUCUUUUUUUUUCUUUUUUUUUGGAACUCAUGUAAACGUGCCAAGCACAGGGACAAGAAACGAAGGCAAGAAAAGGCUAGCCUUGCACAGUCAGGAGAAAGAAACAAGGAAGCAAUCCUAUUCCUGUCUCCACACAGCUAACGUAGUGCAAGCCAACAUCACGGCGAGCUGGCUUUCUAAUGCGCGACCAAGCAGUAUGCGACUCGGCACUAAGAGUUGAAUGCAGAGGGGAUGUCUGGCAGUAAGGCUCUGGGAGGGGCCCGGCGGCGGCGCACCCGCUGCCGACGCUGUCAGGCCUGCAUGCGCACUGAGUGUGGAGAGUGCCACUUCUGUAAGGACAUGAAGAAAUUUGGAGGCCCGGGCCGUAUGAAGCAGUCCUGCCUGCUCCGACAGUGCACAGCGCCUGUGCUUCCUCAUACGGCCGUGUGUUUUGCGUGUGGAGAGGCAGGGAAGGAGGACACAGUGGAGUCAGAGGAAGAGAAGUUCAGCCUCUCUCUGAUGGAGUGCACCAUCUGCAACGAGAUCAUCCACCCCAGCUGCCUUAAGAUGGGUAAGGCGGAAGGCAUCAUCAAUGACGAGAUCCCCAAUUGCUGGGAAUGUCCCAAGUGUCACAAAGAGGGCAAGACGAGCAAGGACGGUGACGGUUUGGGAAAGAGACGGUUGGACAACGGCGAGGUGGGACGGUGGAAGCUCACGGACGACCCGCCGCCCAGCAAGAAGAAGCCACCUUCCAUUGAUGACCCACGGCAAGAUGGGCACAGACGCAAGAAGGAGAAGGAGCUGCCGCAGGACAGCGCCACCAAGAAGAAGAUGAAAGGUGCUCGUGAAAAGCAUCUGAAAAAGAAGCAGAAGCCUAACUCUUCAGACUCAACCGAGACAAAUGGGCCCAAUGCAUCAGGUGGGGGCCCGGGCUCAGGUGGGGGCCUGGGCUCAGGUGGAGGCCCCAUGGCAGUACAACCUCCAACCUCUGCCUCUAGUCAAGACCAACGCUCGCACCACCGGGAGAAACUCGAGCGCUUCAAGCGCAUGUGCCAGCUCUUGGAGCGUGCCCGCGACUCUUCCUCCUCCUCUUCCUCCAGCUCGGAGUCGGACUCUGACUCGGACUCUGAAUCAGGCUCACCGGCGGCUGCGGCAGCAUCCGAGCCUUCAUCCCCAGCAACGGCGUACAGCACCAGCAGCGUCCGCGAUCGUGAACGUGAACGCAACCGGCGUCUGGCCGAGCUUGGCUUCAGCGCCAGUGAUGACUCUGAAGGUGAUGGGGCAGUGGGGGAGCAGGAGCGGGAGGCACCCGAGGACCCGCAGCAACGUCGCAGGAGUGACAGCACCCCCCGUGGACGGAAGGCAGCUAUGGCAACAGAGGCAGAAGACGAGGACGGGCCAGGGGAGAGGGGCAGGAAGCCAGCGCCGCUGCCCCCGCCUUCACCGCUGUCCUCUACCCAGCAGCAGCUUCCAGCUGGCCACACCCACCAGCCGGCCCACGAGAGCGUGCCCAAGCGCAGCAAUGGGCAGGAGGCACGGAAUGGGCGGACCAGGGCUGGCGGGCGUGAAACGCAGGAGAAGGAGAACGCUAACAGCAGCGGUGUCACCAACAACCGCCACGCAGCUGGGAAGGCUGGCCGUGCAGGGAAGAUCCGACCUGGAUCAAGAUCCAUGGGGCCAUCCAGCAGGAGUGGUCCUCCGGCCACGGGCACAACCAAUGGGGGUGGUGGUGCAUUGCUGCCCAACCCGGCCAGCGGCUUGCCCACAUCCUGCCCAUCACGCCUGGCAGCUGCACAACUGGUGAAGCGGGGCCCGGCGGCUGUGCCCUCUCCACCCAGACCUGUGCAGAUGGAGCGGCACCUGGUGCGUCCCCCACCUGCCUGCCCCGAGCCCCACUGCUUGCCACUCGACAGUGGCGCCUCCCACGUCCUGCCUCGUGACGUCUGGCUGCGCGUCUUUCAGCAUCUCAACCAGCGGCAGCUGUGCGUGUGCAUGCGUGUCUGCCGGACCUGGAGUCGAUGGUGCUGCGAUAAGAGAUUGUGGACUCAGAUUGACUUGAGUCGUCAGAGGUCUAUCACCCCUCCAAUGCUUAGUGGUAUAAUCCGUCGACAGCCUGUCUCUCUCAAUCUGGGCUAUACCAAUAUCUCUAAGAAACAGCUUAUGUGGCUCAUCAAUCGCUUACAAGGUCUGCUGGAGUUGAAUCUCUCUGGCUGCCCCUGGUUGUCCGUAUCGGCGCUGUGCCAGACCGUCUGUCCAUGUCUUCGUAUGCUGGACCUCAGCCGUGUUGAAGACCUCAAAGAUUCACACCUGAAAGAGCUGCUGGCCCCUCCCACAACUGACACACGCACAGGAGAGAACCGAGGGGGGCGUUUCCAGAAUGUCAGCGAGCUGCGGUUGGCUGGCCUGGAGGUGACGGAUGCUGCAUCCCGGCUGCUUGUUCGCUACCUGCCUCACCUGACCAAGCUGGACCUCAGUCAGUGUGGCCAGAUCACAGACCAGACCAUACAUACACUGACCUCCCCAAUCUCGCCACUGAGAGAGAGCCUCACGCACGUCAACCUGGCAGGCUGUUUGAAGGUGACGGAGCAGUGUCUGCCCAUGCUGCGGCGCUGCCUGUCUCUGCGAAGCGUGGACCUGCGCUCCUGUGGCCUCCUGUCCCCUGAAGCCUGCCAGCUCCACUCCUUUCCCUCUCCAGAUGACAGACUGCUGCUGAAGAACAGCUAAGGCCCCCCGGCCACCACACUACAGGAGCUGGGAGAGCCCCGCACUGCAGUGGAGGGACCCAUGUACACGAAGGGCCGCAGUCAUACCACCGUUUAACUGCAGUUUUUUUUUUUUUUUCCUCCCUGGAUCAACUAUUUGUGAAUGGACUUAAGGACAUAAGAAACAAAAACAACAAGCAUGUACAUAUUCCGUAUCAGUGGUGUGUGUGUGUGCGCGUGUGUGGGGAUGGAUGUGUAUAUAAAUGUGCUUUACUGUAAAAUAAUCUGAUCGUCUGCUCAGCAGCCCACCCCAGCCUCCAGUCUGUGCUGACACACCCCCCUUCCCCUACCCCUGGCCAGCAUCCACUCACCUUGGCUCACCUGCAUGCAGGUAGGCCCCCAGGGGUCCUACGGAGAAGCUGGCUCUGCUCUCUGGCAUAUUUGCACUACGCAGUGGGUGGCCCCCCAGUGUACGCGCAGGACUGCAAAGAAUGUAUCCACCGCUGGAAAGCUUCUUCCAAAACCAAACCACAGUCACAGACUGAUGCCACCAGGUUGGGCUGGUGUGUGUGUGUGUGUGUGUGUGUGCGCGCGUGUGCGUGUGUGUACGCGCGUAAGAAAUUCUGUGUGCAAGAUGUAAACAGUGUUAAUGUAUCUAUUUCCAAGUGGGGGUGGGAGGCCCAUUGUCUUGUCUCUCUGACAGGUCAUCGCCAAACAGUAGCCUGAGCCUGAGGGGGUGGAGUAAUUUUUGGGUGGGAUUAGCCGCUUUCUCCCUAAGACUGAGGGGGUGGAGAUAUUUUUUGGGUGGGGUUAACCCCUUUCUCCUUGAGCCUAAGGGGGUGUGUGUAUGUGCGUGCGUGCAUGUCAGAGGGUGGUGUGGGGGCUGUUAUCCCCUCUCUCCAGCCUCUGACUGUCUUUGCCAUUCACAUUACUCCUGCUUUCCAGCUGCCAUCUUUAGCCCCGCCCCUCUUUUCUUUAUCCUCCCUCCCCUGCUACCGCUGCCCCUUGUGGUAUGUGUGUGUGCGCGCGUGUGCUGUCUGUAUGUUUCCUUCUGUGCGUGCAGCACAGGAGGUAUGUGUGGAACCGCCCUGUUGGACUGCUUGGCUUUUCCCCACCCUGAACCGCUACAGUACUGUACCACAGUAUCGCCAGUCCAGUGCCACACACAUGCAACCAAGCUUUGCCAAGACUACUUAACUAUACUCUGUUCUCCCACACGGCAUUAUAACCCAGCCAGUCAGGGCAGAGCAACACUCAGACAGCCAAGGCGGGGAUGUAAACAGGCAUGUAAACAAAGGACCUUCCUGGCUCUGCCCACUGCUGCUUCUUUUUUUUUUUUUUUACCACCACCACACUGAGAAGAAACGCCUGCGUCUGACCCAGGUGAGCCAGCGUCCGCAUCGGCUGCCGGGGGAAGCGUGUUAUGUGCACCGUGUUCCAGUUUGUGCUCCACCUUGCCCGUUUUCAGGAUUUACAAAAUGUUUUCUUUGAAUGGUCGUGUUGGGGCAGGUACUCGAAGCUGCUAACCCUCUGAACUAAAAUCCCCACAUCACAUUGAGUCUCAGUCCAGCACUCCUGAAUCAUUUCUCUCUCUUUAUCUGGCCAGUGCAGGGGAAGAAGUUCUACAGCUGACGGUCUCCCAAAAACGCAGAGCUGCUCAAAUGGCCCCCGCAGCAUACAAGCUGACUGAGAUGUUUGGUUGCACUGUUCCAAAGCCUGUUCAGCAUUGUUGCAGACACAUGCUCACUUAAUGGAAAAAGGGAGGUCAGCAUUCAGACAUCUGUUCUUUUAGCUGCUCAUAUGCCACCUGGUUAGUCCUUAAUUUGAUUUUAAAUGUCUUAAAGUUUCUUUAAGCCCAUUGUGACAAGUAUUUGGAAAUUUUUACAGCCAUGACAAAAGAAUUUGACUGUUAGAGGUAAAGGAGGAUUUCCUUGGCCCAAGCAGUCUGGAGAGAGCCGAAGGUUAUAACACCAAUUUGCAUAAAAGAUUCAACAGUGUUUGAAGGGCUUCCUUUUUUGUUAUCAUUUGUUUUUUUUUUUAAUAUCUGAUUUGCCAAAUGCCACUGCGUUGACUUUGAGAUCCAGCUGGCACUGAUGACCCAGUGUCUGGAGCCAGAUAUGCUGUCUAUAGAUCCCAAACAAGCAGGCACAGGGUGAGUUCAGGUCUUUUGGUGAAUCCUGAUGGCUCAGGCAUUGGUUUGCCAUGGCGUGUGUUUGAGUUGGUGGAGGGAGUCGUGUCAUUCGUUGUCUGGGCUGUCAGGUGUGUCCCAAGGCCCAGGGCUGUGAUGAAUGCCCUCAAAGAGCUGAGCCACGUGUCGGGGCGUGGGGAUGAAUGACACAUCUUGCUAGCCAAGCUGAUGCCUAUCUAGAUCUCCCAUUGGCUGGCACUGCAGAACAUAGUGCUGCAUUCUCUUACACGAUUCAGCAACUUCCUUUCUGAAGGACUUUGUUUAGGUCAAUCAUGCAACACUCUCUUGAAAGGGAACAGCUUAAAAAAAAAAAGCAUGUGGUGGGGGGGUGAGGGGGUAUGCACUGUUGGCUCUUAAAGCUCCUGUCCCUAGCAGUGGCAUUUAAUUUGAGUUAAUGGUCGAACCAAAUAUUGUGACGAUCGUUAUAAACCUCUUUAGACUCCAUGAUUGAGCAUGGAUGUCUUGCCGCUGUUUGGUCAUAUUUUUCAGGUCAGGGUCUCUGAGAUGAGACAUUUGAACACCCAUUUGAAAUUCAUGCACAAUACACUAUUUUUGCAUAUCAAGUAUUGAGCCAUCUGGUAUCAGCAUGUCAGGAGAAAAUUUAAAUUGGAACUGAACUGUCCUUCCACAAUAUCAAGUUUGUAAUUGUGUAUUGAAUACAAUGCCAGGUUUUGGCUACCCUCAGCCUGGCUGUAAUCAUCUUCCUCUAUAUGCCGAACAUUGUCUGAACCACACUGUAAGGCACAGGGUUGGACUAAUAUGAUCUAUUGCCAAAUUCCUGUUUUCUUUGUUCAGGGGCAUUUUUAUCCAUUUAUUUCCUUUUCUUUGUUUUCUCAUUCUUUUUUUCCAUUGUUUCGAUCAAAGUGAGGACAAAAAAAAUGAGAAAAAAGAAAAACCUCAUGGCAGCUACUUUAAGAGUGACUACUGUAAAAUGACUAACUAAAAUAAAGACAAUGGGGUUUGUUUUUA